UUGGAGGACCGGAAGUGUCUCUUUGUUGACUUUGCUGCGGGAAAGCGAGAUGUCUGGACAGGACGUGGACGAUUAUCUGAGGCAAAACAGAGCCGAGGCUGAGAGAGUGGAGACUUUCCGGGGCUACUGGGAGAGUGACAAGCACUGGGAGGCCCGGAGGGAGUUCCUCCUGCGGAACAUGAGCGACUUCGACGGCGAGCAGCUGGACCAGCUCCUGUCUCUGUCCAUGGUGUGGUCCAACAAUGUCUUCAUGGGCUGUCGGUACAAUGCAGAGCUCCUGGAAAGAGUGAGGGGAAUGGCUGAAGGCAUCGUGGUGGAAGACGCGCCAGUGUUCAAGACAAGAGACGAGAUUAUUAAGCAGCAACAGAGUCGGUGAUGGGAGCAGUCGAUUUGGAUCGACACUGACUGGAUCCAGAUGAUGUUUUUAUGGUUUUUAAACGGACGUGAUGAGUUCAAACACUGGAACUCAUUUUUUAAAAGCAGAGACUUUUUUUAAGUGUUUUUACAGCAGUGUUGAAGCUUCACUUUGCCUCCAUUUAUGAUCAUAUUUUUUUUACAACUACGUCAUUGUUUUUAAGUGUUUUUAAAUAAAUUUAGACAGUUAAUGUCUCACCAAAGCAGAAUAAAUCACUUGUGUCCUCUUCUUCCAAGAUUGCCCCCUCCAUAAGAGUAGAGGGACAUUGUAGUGCUCAUUUUUUUUCUGAAUAUUUACAACUGUGACCACAAUAGUGUCUGUGGACUGCAAUACAUUCCUUAAACAUUGAGCAGUACAAAUAUGACUUACAGAUCGGAGUCACUGAGUUCCUAAAAAUGUGCCAAUUUAUUAAAAUACAUAAGAGAUGCUUUGAAAUGCAGAGAUGUUUUCCACCAUGGUAUGUCAUUAGCUGAGCCUCAACGAAAUGUCAGGAUGUUUGUAUUGAAAUAGCUCUUGGUAUUUGGUUGAUAACUUCUGUGGCAACUCGCAGAAAUGUAACAUCAAAGUAAUUUACAUUGAUCAGGAAACAAAAAAAUCCAUGUCAAAGUCUGAAAAAUGUGUUUUAUUAUGUUUAUACAGCAUAUUGUUAUAGUAUACAUUUGUUUUUUGUUUAAUUCACAAAAUUUUAUAACAUAUCCCUUCUGCUUAUUAGGUGAAAUAAGUCACUAACCACGAUAUGACCUUUACUGUCUGAAAGGAGGAAGUGUGUUUUCUGAUGACGGUCUUUCACAGAUUAUUUAGCUGGAGAGUCGGACAGGUUGAAGUCGUGAACAUAUGCUCAAGUGCUGUUUUAAUUGGGUCUG